AUGCGUCUCACGGGUGCUCUCGCUCUGCUGUUGGCCGUUGCCACAGCCUCCCCUGUUGCAGUCGCCGACAUUGGGUCCAAGGACGUCAAGGAGAUCAACGGUCUCCCUGUUGUCAGCGUCGAGGCUCUGCAGUCCCUCGAGGCUCGCGAUGCCCUCAUAACCAAAGACGUCAUUGCUGCAGGCAAGGCCGAUGCCCCCGUGGAGAACUCGCUCGAAGCCAGAGUCUGGCCUGCCUCUCACCAGAGCGACCACUUCAGGGCCGGAAACGGAUGGGCCAACAGAGUCAAGACUCGCAUCAUCGUCAGCGGAGUUCAUCUCGUGGUCACUGCCUGGUUCAAUGACAUCCACACCAUGUUUGUGCAGUUCGAGCCGGAUUUCCCUAGUGGUACGUUCACACACUUCAUGAAGUCUGACUUUAAAGAGCCGGAACUGACAAGUAGCAACAGCUCCCAACUUCUUGAUGGCUGGCCUUGA